CUGAGCACUCGGUAAUUGGACACUAGGAUCAAGGAAUCCCGUCUUUCUGAACAUUUUCUCAGCUAUUUACCCAGUCUGAGGUCACCGUUUCUUACCCCUGUGUCUUCCGGAUAACUUCGCCUGCUGCGCGGCUUUCGCCGAUGAGGUUUUAUUUUAUAUCAGCGCGUACGUGGGUAUGUGGGGAGGUUGUAAUAAAUAAGAGAAAUGCAGGGAUUCGUCAGGUUACAGUUGUGCCGCUGAGCUUGCUCCUGCGCUACGACGCGUCCCGGUUUUUCGCUUUUCUCCGCACGGGACCGUGGAGCGAUAAAAGAAGAGGGGGGGGAUAGGACGAAUACUGCCCGAGGCAUUUGGAUACGCGCGUGGUGGACGCACCGACGUGGUUUACACUACCCGGUCAGCGUGUUGCCGACUUUAUCAUCCAGACCGGGCUGUACCUUUACGUCUGGGAGAGCCUCGGGGACCCCUGCCGCUGUUUAUCCGGGAAGACAGAGUUCCCAGGCGGCUGUCUGACAGUUUUCCAUUUGAAUAGCCUCCUUACAGCCAGGCUGAAUGAGGGUGAGAAGAAGUGCAGAAGAAAAGAGUCGCAGCAUAUGAUUGUGUCCGAGAGGGUCCGGAGAGCACUGAUCUUUGUAGGUGCACCAGAGCCCAGCUGUUAGGCGUUGUGCGAUAUGGUGAAACUCUACAGAAGAGGGAGAAAGGGACAAGACUUUUAAAAUCGCCCACAUGCACUGGAUCAAUUGCUGGAUUUGGGAACCGAAUACGCAGAAGGGGGGUUGGGGAUCCUUGGAGGCUGCCGGAGGAUGGAGCGGUGUAGUCGGGGUUAGUGAGAGCCUAACUUCGGGCCACUUACAUUUCUUAUUCCUGAACACUCGCCCUUGUUUCCAGGACACAUGCAGGCCAAAAAACGCUACCUGAUCCUGCUCUUCGCCGGUGCGUGUCUAUUGCUUCUCUUCUACCUCGGAGUGAUUCAACUUCCAGCGGCGAGCAGGAACCGCAGCAGAAAUGGGCACCGGCCCGAGCAGCCCUGGCCUCACUUUUCGGACCCUUUACAUCCUUUCCUGCCCUGGGAUCAGACGGACACCGAGGAGUACAACCUGCACAUAUCUCCGAGCCAGAAGAGGGACAUCAACGCAUGUGUUUACAAAGGCAAACGGUGUCGCAUGGAUUCAUGCUUUGAUUUUUCUCUGUGUCGAAAGAACGGAUUCAAAGUUUAUGUUUACCCCCAGCAGAAGGGGGAGAAGAUCUCAGAGAGUUACCAGAAUAUUUUAUCGACCAUCGAGGGGUCCAGAUUUUACACCUCAGACCCUGGACAGGCAUGUCUGUUCGUUCUAAGUUUGGACACUCUGGACCGGGACCAGCUGUCCCCGCAAUACGUCCACAACCUGAAGACCAAGGUCCAGAACCUACCCCUGUGGAACGACGGCAGGAACCACCUUAUAUUUAACUUGUACUCGGGGACGUGGCCGGACUAUACGGAAGAUUUGGGCUUUGACAUCGGUCAAGCCAUGCUGGCCAAAGCCAGCAUCAGCACCGAGAACUUCAGGCCCAACUUUGACGUGUCUAUCCCCCUCUUCUCCAAGGAGCACCCGAGGACCGGCGGGGAGAGGGGGUACCUCAAGUACAACUCCAUCCCACCUUUUAGAAAAUACAUGCUGGUGUUCAAGGGGAAGCGCUACCUGACCGGCAUCGGCUCGGACACAAGGAAUGCCUUAUAUCACGUUAACAACGCAGAGGACGUGGUGCUGCUCACCACCUGCAAGCAUGAAGACUGGCAGAAGCACAAAGACGCGCGUUGUGACAAAGACAACGCAGAGUAUGACAAGUACGACUACAAGGAGAUGCUCCACAAUUCCACUUUCUGUUUGGUGCCCCGCGGCAGACGACUGGGCUCCUUUCGCUUCCUCGAGGCUCUGCAGGCUGCAUGUGUACCAGUGAUGCUGAGUAACGGCUGGGAGCUGCCUUUCUCCGAGAUCAUCGACUGGAACACGGCCGCAGUCAUCGGCGACGAGAGGCUCCUGCUGCAGAUUCCCACCACGGUGCGCUCCAUCCACCAGGAUAAGAUCCUGUCCCUCAGACAGCAGACGCAGUUCCUCUGGGAAGCUUACUUCUCCUCUGUGGAAAAGAUUGUUCUGACCACACUGGAGAUCAUCCAGGACCGUGUACUGGAGCACGCUUCCAGGAGUAGCCUGAUGUGGAACAGUCACCCCGGGGGCCUGUUCGCUCUGCCGCAGUACUCUGGAUACCUGGGAGACUUCCCCUUCUACUACAACACACUGGGUAUUAAACCCUACCCGAAGUUCUCAGCCGUCAUCCACGCCGUCUCCCCUCUGGUGUCCCAGUCCCAGCCCAUACUCAAGCUCCUGGCGGCUGUGGCCAAGUCCCAGUACUGUGCACAGAUCAUCGUGCUGUGGAACUGCGACAAGCCUCUCCCUGCAAAGCACCGCUGGCCAGUCACCUCAGUGCCCGUAAUCGUGAUCGAGGGAGAGAAUAAGGUGAUGAGCAGCCGCUUCUUGCCCUAUGAGACCAUUGUGACCGACGCUGUUUUCAGCCUGGAUGAAGACACCGUUCUGUCCACCACUGAGGUGGACUUCGCCUUCACUAUCUGGCAGAGCUUUCCCGAGCGAAUCGUAGGCUACCCUGCCCGCAGCCACUUCUGGGACAGCAACAAGGAGCGCUGGGGGUACACGUCCAAAUGGACCAACGAUUAUUCGAUGGUCCUGACUGGGGCUGCCAUCUAUCACAGGUAUUAUCACUUCCUGUACACCAACUACUUGCCCACUAGUCUGAAGAACAUGGUGGACCAGUUGGCCAACUGCGAGGACAUCCUGAUGAACUUCCUGGUCUCUGCUGUCACCAAGCUGCCACCCAUCAAGGUCACACAGAAGAAACAGUACAAGGAGACCAUGAUGGGACAGUCUUCAAGGGCUUCCCGCUGGGCUGAUCCGGACCACUUCGCCCAGCGGCAGACCUGCAUGAACAAGUUCGCCAGCUGGUUUGGCGCCAUGCCACUGGUCCAUUCCCAGAUGAGACUGGACCCCAUCCUGUUUAAGGACCAGGUCUCUAUCCUCCGCAAGAAAUACAGGGACAUCGAGAGGCUCUGACAAGACCGCCGCCCCCUCGGGGGAGACCCCACACAGGGGGAAAGAGACUCUGUGGAGACUAGGAGUCAUCAGAGUACAGGGGGGUGGACAGGGAGAGACACAGGUCUGUCUUCCACUCAGCACAUUGCCAAUGACCAGAGCGCCGCUGCUGGAAGGACUUGACGAGGAAAGGGAUAAAUGGAAAACAAGCAGAUGCCGUUUGGGUAUGAAAAAAGGGGGAGUACACAAACUGACGGGCAUACCAAACAGUACUGUCUGUUUCACACAUGUGCAAACACGCAGCACACACUACUGACGACAAGAACUCUUGGAUAGAAUAUUUUUUUGUAUGACACAAACGAGGACGACGUCAUCUUUUCCUGCUCUCUUGGCACAUGCGCAGGACAGUGGUAGAAAAAGGGGGAAGGUGUUUGUGAUCUCAAACCUUGGCAACCCAACCUACCACAAAUCCUCCCGGUCACCCCAAGCAACCCUCCCUAGUCUGCAUCAGGACAUAAUACUGGACUCAUUACCAAACUCCUGCUUUGUAAACCCAUGAAUAUUUUCUCAAAAACACUGUCUAACCUGUUAUUACAGUCCAGGCAGGGUUUUUUUUUUUUUUUUAAAGAGCAUAUUUUCAGCAGUUGACAAACACCCUGUCUGCCCUACCCUUGGCUUGUUCCUUUAUGAGUUGAUAUAGCUUUUAUAAUGGUCUAUCUGCUCCUGUGUUAUCACUAAGAUAAGUUAGAAAAACAUCUCAUUUCAUGUCCCAUUUUCCUCUCAUACUCGCCACAGCAGUUGUACUUUUCUCAUCUUUUUUUUCCCCACUUACUUCCAUCAUCUUUUAUCCCCCCGCCCAACCCCCACCACCUUCAAACUCUGUGCUUUCCCUCUUGUCCGUGUGUGUGUGUUGUGUGUACAGACCCUUGAAAAGUUGGCUCAUCCAACCAUAAGCCCGAGCGGAGUACAUUUUCCCUCCGUUGGAAUGAGCGAAAUGAACAUUUCUGGAUGAAAUGGAGCAGAACGCUGCAUUCUAACCCAAACACCCCCCCACCCCUACCUCUCCCACCCUUCCUGCAUGGUCUCAGAGCACCACCCUUACUGCAAGAAAGACCAAAGCAGGUCUGUAGUGACCAGCACGGAGCGCAUCAGUGCCAUUCUGACGUCAGGGUCUGCCUUUAAAAUUGUUUAUUGCACAUCACGUUGCCUACAUCCGUUUGAGAUGCUCUUGUGUUGAAAUACUGUAAUCACCACUUCUGCGUGUCUCUCCUGCCGCCCUGAUCUUUUUUUUUUUUUCUUUUUUAAAUACAUUUUUUUUUUCCCUCUGACAUAUCCAAGGACCUCAGAGCCAUUAAAUUGACAAAAGGUUUUUCUCCUCCAUUUGUCAGGCAGAGAUACGUUUAGGCAUCAAUUAGGCAUUUCAUUUGAAGCGCCGUUUUAUUCCCGAGGGAAACGCUGUUGAUGAAACACACUGAACAUUAUGGAGCAUAGCGUUGCGAAAACAGUGACCGACAAAUAUGACCUGCAAGCUAAUGCUAUCCUUUGGAUGACAGCUCCCCCCCCCCCCCCUUCAGCUCACACCCCACCCCCCCUGCUUCAGUGUGACAGUGGCCACGCUUGGUCUCGUUGCCAUGCCUGACAUUUUGCACCUCAAAUGAUCUUACUGGUAUUGGACAGCCAGAUCAAAAUGCUAAAAUAACUAGAUAUCUUGUCCUUUAAUUGAUCAUUUUUAAAGAGAGGCUGUCAGGGGAAAAAAAUAAAGUGGCUGGCUCAUAGCUGAGCUGCUACAUGCUGUCAUUAGGUCUGCGUGCACAGAGCACAGGCGGUCCACUCACACAUUUAAGUUUGCAGACACUUGAAUGAAAGCGGCGAGCUUUUAGUGGCCUUUUCUGUCAGGCAGGCAUUCAGCGUAAUGUCGCAGCCAAAGCUGCUCAGCGUGUUAAUCAGUCAGCUGUCACUGACAUUGUCAACAUCAGUGUCACACAUUCAGUGGCUGCUCUUUUUCUUUUUUUUUUUUUUUGUUGUUUUUCACAAUUUGUUUUUGUUUUGCUUGACAAAGAGUUGAUGUAAAAUGUAUCGUAAAGCCUUCACCGUUUCAGCAGAGGGGACGGACGUGCUUUGAAGUGCCAUAUCCAAACGCUACUAUAGCAGAGCUACUCUCGUUUCAGCGGAUCAUAUCAAACCCAGCAGGACUAACACGUGUUCCUCCUCCACCACCCCCAUGUUGCUGUUUUGAAUAUCAUUGUUUGAACUUUGGCAUCAGAUUUGUUUGCCAUGAGAGAUUUAUCGUGAGUUUAACAACAGGAAUUCAAUCAUCGAUACGUUGUGAUUCUGGGAAAAAUUGUGCUCCUCACAUGGUUUGCAUCUGGCCUCUAUUUACUCUUCAAAGAACCAUAUUGUUUCAAUCCAUAUCAGGUCUUUUAUGUCCAAUUUCUGAAUUACUGUUGUUGAUCAUCUCAAGAGAACCACAUCCCCCCAGCUUUGCAGAUAAUUCACACACAGAAAAAAAACACCUAUUUCAGAUCCCUGGUCUCAGCACUGUACAUAGACAUAUUUAUUUUUUUGAAGAAGAAAAAAAAAAGACAACGACAAGAACAUUAAGACCGAUCCUGCAUCACUGAGGGGAGCAAGUGGUAUUUAUUCAGUUUAUUUUCUACACACUGUGCACAUUAAUCCACACAGAUGCCGAUACACAGCUCAUAUUAUGUCUCACUCUGCAUCGGUUUUCCAGGGGAAACAUCUAUCACACUCUUUCUAAUACACAGCUCCCCGAGUGAGAUAACAUUUUCGGAGUCGCUGUAGUGGAGUUUUAACUCCUGAAAAGAUUGCAUACACCAGUGAUCCAGAAUUGGAUUGGGCCGCUCCAUCUUGGCUCUCUGCGGGAGUGAAAUUGUAAAGUCCUAAUAAAGACUACGCCGACUGACACAUGGAAAAUAAUAAGCAGCUGGGCCCCCUGUACCAGAUGGAAACAUUUUCAGAUUCUGCUACGACAUCUUCCCCUCAUGCAUUACAGUAAUGGGUCUGAGGCUGUGACACAGUUGUUUAAAUUGUCUUUGUCGCAGCUUGGGUUCGAGUCGUAGCUCGCAAACGGAAACUGAAGUAUAUCUACAGUCUAUCAAGUCCAGAGCUCAGGCAGAGUGUGAUGGAUGUGAGUUAAGGGCCCCAGGAAAAAAGUCUGCACACACUUAAAACGCCUCUAUCAUUUGAUCAGGGAAACAUUAUGCAAGUUAUCGUCUUGAGCUUCAACACAGAUGGAAGGUUUACCCAAAACGUGCCAGGCGCUUGGCGUGCGUGCUGGAAACUAGUCUGCUCUUGAUUUGAUUCGUGCCUUUUAUCAACAUGCGAGUUCCCGACAUGCCGAGCUCUGUCUGUCCCAGACUUAUUUCCAGUAGACGGGCAGCAAUAGCACCAUGUGCGGGGACUUGAGUGUCCCUGCCUUCAUACACUGGAUGAGUCACAGCUUCCAUUCUCUUUGUUUUGACGCCCCCCAUUUUCAUUGUUGUGUUUGGACACUGUUGCUAAGGCAACAAUGCAUGACCACUUCCUGUUUCUGAUUAUUUAUCAGUGAUUGACUGUAAUCAGCAGUAGUAUCUGUUGAUCUGUAAGGACUUGGUCAAGCCCAGCUGUCCUGAUGCCUUCUCCUCCCUCCUACGUUGUAAUUAAGAGAAGACUUUUAUAGAGGUCACAGAUUAAAUAGAUAAAAUGCCAAUUUUGUAAGAAUGAUUUAUAAAAAAAUAAACUCAUAUUUCAUGAUAACUG